AUGCUGGAGAGACUGGCUUUUGAGACCUGGAAUGAGCUCGCUAAAUAUCUUACACAAGACGAAAGAGUAGCAUUGACAUAUGUCAGUUCAAAAGUUAGAUUGGCUAUCUCGCCAAUACUGUAUCGCAACCUGUUUCUAAACGAAGAACCGUGCGUUUUUAGCGACUCAAACCCUCUUUUGGCCAAUUCUUGGUCAGUUUUGUGUAUCACAGAGCACAAAAACGAAUAUGCGGAUCAGAAAUUGAGUUGUUUGAUCCGUACACUACAAGAAUCGCCAUUUCUAAGUUCCAACGUGGAAGUAGUUCAUUGCACGUGGCAUUUAGAUAUCGCACUUCUGCGAGACCUAUUGGCAGUUUUGGUCCACAAUGCUCCUAAUCUAAGGCAUUUCCGAAACUUUCUGACCCCGGCAAUCAUCGAUGACCUCAAAAAAGUCGCGCCUCAACUGCAAUCGCUGGAUCUUCCCCCACCGGGCGUACUACCACAAGGGCAAGUGGCAGGCUCAUAUCUCCCGCGUUUGGCGUCGCUGGUACGAUGCUCUUCGUUUGAAAAUAUCACAGCGCUGAACAUUUAUAUGGAUCCAGGAGAGUUCUUUAGUAAUUAUGCACCUUGGGCACCCAAGUUGCGGCUUCGGGAAUUGUCACUAAGCUUGCGGGGCGAUAACUACGAACCCGACUCGUUUCCUAAGGCUAGAUACACAUACAGCGAUGUAUUCGAUGUGCGAUACCUCGAAAGUCUCACCAUUUUGUCGUGGUUCGAAGAGGAAAAUAUCGACGUUUACGAAAAAUACCAUUUGCAUGAACUUUUGAAGUUCCAAAACCUCAAAGAAUUGACUUUGCUCUCAUUCUACGCCAAUGACGGCUUUUUGCGGGAAUGCAUACAAUCAUUCCCUUUAUUGCGUCGCUUAAGACUCGAUUACAUGUUGGGACACAUGAUAGACCAAGGUACGCUAACACUGCUUUCCCAAAGCCCCGCACAUUUGUCUCUCCAGUACCUAGAUCUGAAAUGUUCACCACUCGAACCAUACUUGGUGACAGUGGUACGUGGCAGAACGGCACGUUUCGAGAUAAAUGAAUCCUGCGUAUGCCCCGCUUGCCGCGACGUAGUGCAAAACAUCCUUCGCAAGAAAAUAUUUUCGACCCAAUCUUCGUAUUUGGUCAAAGGACUCGAAGACAUCCCUAAUAGGGACGUAAUCACCAGAAUCAUCUCCCUCUCACCAAUCAUUCCCUACACGCCUUUUGUUGAUAUUCGACCGGGUCAAUCAUACAUCAACGAUCCUGCGAAAGCCGUGGCCUCGACUCUAAAUAAAGCGUUUGGGCAAGAUGUUUUUGCUGUCGAGGAUAUCAUCAAGAUAUACCAUGCACAUCUGCAUUCUCUCAGAAGAACAUUCGGCUAUUUCUUACAAAGGUUUCCUAAUCUCGCAUUUUUGAACAUUAACGAUGUUCCCACAUCGGUACAAGAAGGUCUGGGUGGUCAAAAAUACAACCUGCCUAUUUAUCACAGCCAAGGGUACCGGACUAAUCAGGUUUACGAACUAGUGGACGACGACAACCUCUUUGCCUGA